AAACAAAUGCACGCCGAUUUCAGCAUCAGUUGCCCGAUCUCGUCGAUAGACGUCAGUGCGUUCGCAUUCAAUACACGUAAGUUUCAGCAAACGUAGGAUUGAAAGAUGAAUCAAAUUUUGGGAGGUUUAGAAGGAGGGGCAACGGUCUCAACCUUGGUCCUUUUGGAUGCCGAUGGAAAGGUCAUGACAAAAACAACCGGACCAGGAACAAAUCACUUCCUGCUCGGAAUGGAAGAGUGCAGACAAAGAAUAGCGAACAUGGUUAACACGGUUAAAAAGGAUAUAGGAAUGAGGCAGGACCAACCAUUGAGUGCGCUAGGUUUAAGUUUAAGCGGAUGCGAACAGGAAGAAACAAAUCAGGAAUUGGUUAGAGGAUUACUGGAGAAUUAUCCGAAUUUAAGUGAAAGAUAUGCCAUUGGAAGUGAUACGGAAGGUUCUGUGGCGGCCACCUCAAAUCAUGGAGGCGUUUGUUCUAUUGCUGGCACUGGAUCUAACACGCUACUUAUUAAUCCUGAUGGAUCUAGAGUUCAAUGUGGUGGUUGGGGAUAUUUACUUGGAGAUGAAGGAGGAGCUUAUAAAAUAGCUCAUUCAGCUAUAAAAUCAUGUUUUGAUGAUUUGGAUCGUUUCUCACCAGCUCCUCACUCAAUAGAUAAAGUUUGGGCGUUAAUAAAAGAUCACUUUCAAAUAAAAGUAAAAGAAGAUCUUUUGGAACAUUAUUACACAAAAUUUGAUAAAGCUUUCAUAGCGAGUUUAUGUAAAAAGCUUUCUACGUUGGCCUCGGAAGGUGAUGAUGCAAUGGCGAAAUAUUUAUUUGAAAAUGCUGGAAGGCAGAUUGCCCAAUCUUUAGGGGCGGUUAUACCAAAAGCAGCUGCAGAAUUGAUUGAUAAACCGGGUGGUUUACACGUUUUAUGUGUGGGUUCGGUUUGGUUAAGUUGGCCGUUACUUAAACCUGGUUUUGAUAAAUACAUGGUAGAACACACGGAAAUUUCAACGAUUACUUUGACGAGAUUAACCACUACUUUAGCCGUUGGAGCAGCGUACAUGGCAGCAGAUAAAUUAAAUAUAAACAUACCGAGGUUUUACGAUGAGAAUUUUAGGAUAUUGGAUGUGUUUAGAAGGGAAACUUUUAGCAACAAUUUUAGUGGAAAUAAUAUUUGUGUAAAAAUAUGAUACUUUUUCCAGUUCCUCCAAAAAAAAAUUAGUUUAUAAGAUUAAUAUAAAGAAAAGAUUACACUUUAUAUUUGUACUAAAAUGAAAAAUUAGAUUUUUACUUAUUUACGUUUUAAUUUGAUUGAAAAGUAGAUGGAUUUGCGGAAAAGAGACGUUUAUAUGUAUAAGUAUUGUAAAAAUAUAAAUUAUAAAUUGUAAUGAUGGAAAAAAAGACGAAAAUAUUAUCACAAUAAAACAAUAUAAUGGUCUUUUAUUAUUAAUUUUUUUUUGAAAAUACAUCGAGUUCCUAACUAACAUUCAAAUUGCUUAAUCAAAAAGGUUUCUAUGUCCAAGACAUGCGUUUUUUUCCAUAGAAUAAUCGACUACCGUGUUUAUUUAAUCGCUGGGGCGGUAUCCAACACAUUUUUCUGUCCGAAUCUUUAACUGAUCCUUGUAUACACGAAUAUUAUAGGAUUAAACACCUAAA